CAAAUUUUCUAUGUUCACGGGAUUUGGCCUCAGUCACCUUCGGAGACUCAAUCUAAUCGGACGCGAAAAUCACAAAAAAGAGGAUUAACUCUGUUCCAGAACAAAAUAAAAGUUGAAAAGUUGUAAAAAAAAACUUGGAUUAAAAGAAAAUUCCGACAAAAUGGGGAAGAGUACAAUCUUCCUUUUACUCAUUGUCUCCGUGACAUACUGCUACGCUUCCUUGCAGUCUCGUUUGGCACGACGAAGCAUUGACCUAGCAGCAGCUCAUUCCCUAAUUCCCGAUACCCGAUUGCCGUUAAAUGUGGUGCCAAACUGCUAUACGUUGGAUAUUCGUCCCAAUUUUGAGGAUAAUGUCUUCAGUGGGCACGUGAAGAUUAAUGUUUCAGUCCUUGAGGAUACAGAUACGAUUUGGCUUCAUGCGCAUUUCGAUUUGGAAAUUCAGGAGUCGGAAAUUAAAGUUUUGCAGAUCAAGCCAGAACACAUCGACGCCGACAAACAAGGACUUGAAGUAAAAUUGAAGCGCAUCGAUCGUCAAGUCAAAAAACCAAUCCUGGAACUUCAUUUGCAAGAAAAAGCUGUCAAAGGAACCUUAUUCGAGAUUCACAUCGCCUUCAAUGGCAUCAUGUGGGAAGGCGCUCAAGGACUUUUCCGCGGAACAUAUCACGAAAAAGACGGAUCCGCGAAGAAAUUUGUCGCAACUCAUUUCCGACCGAAUGACGCUCGUCGGAUGUAUCCGUGCUUCGAUGAACCCGGAUAUAAAGUUCCCUAUUGCGUGAGCAUUGGACGCCCGAAAGACUUGAAAACGCUCUUUGUGACACCUUUGAAGAGCACAAAACCAAUUGAUGAAAACUACGUUCUUGAUUCAUUCGAAACAACGCCCCCAAUUUCUACUUACGCUCUUGGAUUUUUGAUUUCUGACUUGAAACAAGUUCCCAAAGCUGACGGAUGCAAAUGUGAGAUCCAAGUUUGGGCUCGUGCUGACUUGGCGGAGGACUUGAAGCCAGUUUAUGAGAAAGUUGGCAAGAUUUUGACGUCGGUGAGUGAAUAUUUGGGCACGGAUUAUCCGUUGAAGAAGUUGGAAAUUGUUGCGUUGCCGGGAUUGAAUUCCGUUAAGCCGAUCGAUGUUUGGGGAUUGUUGAUUUUCAAGGAAUCUGACUUACUUUCCAAAGGCUACUACAAUCUCGCCCAAGAACUCAUCUACAACUGGCUUGGCGCUUACGUAACUCCCGCCUGGCACUCGGAUGCUCACGUUAACAAGGCAAUUGCUGGCUUCCUCGCUGCCUCAACUGUCAUCGAAAUCGACGGCGGCUCCGAAUUCGAAGGAAAAUACCCCAUGACCAUCCUGUACUCGAUUUACUACGAAUUCAGCAAACGUUAUCCGCAUUCCCGCAUCACCGGCAUGAAACAAGAAACGACUUGCAGCAAAACCGAAUUAGUUCUUCGCAUGCUAAACUACACUUUGGGCGGCGAAACCUUCAAAAAAGCCAUUCGCACGUUCAUCGACACGCACAAACACAGCACCUUCAAGGCCGAAAGUGUCUGGGAUGCGCUCACGAAGCAAGCGCGCCUCGACAAAUUACUCGACGACAAAACGAGCAUCAACGAAAUCGCAAAUUCGUGGAUUGAGAAGGACCGGAUCCCGGUUGUUAACGUAAAACGCGAUUACAAGGGAAAAGCAGCACUCGUGACGCAACGCGUAUUUUUGCGAGAACGCCCGCAUGACGUCCCCGAACGCGAUAAGCUGCUUUGGUGGAUCCCCUUGGUCGUCGAUCGCGAAGAUAAAUUGAAUUUUGACAGUUUUACGCCGCAAGCUUGGAUGCGCGGAGAACGUCAAUUAACGCUGAAGGACAUGCCCGACACCGAUAAGUUCAUAAUUAUCAAUCCGGAGGAAAUUGGUCCGUUCCCCGUGAAUUACGACGAGAAAAAUUGGAAUUUGAUUGCCGCGUAUUUGCAAAGUGAGAAAAGGAACGAAAUCCCGGUCUUUACAAGGGCGAAACUUUUGCAUGACGCGUGGAAUCUCGCUUAUGCCGGAAAUUUGUCGUUCGUUAAUGCUUUUAAUAUGACUCUCUUUAUGAAGCACGAACGGAAUCAUUUGGUUUGGAAUCCAGUUUUUACCUUUAUUGAUCACAUUGGUAAACAUAUCGAUAGUUCGCCGGUUCAUAAGAAGUUUGAGACGUACGUUCGCAACCUCCUCACGCCAUUAUACGAAGACUUGGGCCCCGCAAAAGAUGGCGAGCCAAGCUGCAAAGUAACUCUUCGUUCACUCUCAAAGACCUUCUUGUGUCGCGCUGGAUACAAACCAUGCAUCCAAGAAGCUCAAGAUGCCUACAAAAAAUGGAUGGAUGACACAACUCCCGAUGAAGGAAAUCCUGUUGCCAAUCAAUACAUUUGUCCCGUCUUCAAAUGGGGCACACAAGAAGAAUGGGAAUUCGGUCUUCAGCGUGUCAUUAACUUCCCAGCAUCGCGUAAACAGAGCGAACGAACGUAUUUGUUGAAGACGUUAGCUGGAUGUCCAUUGCAAAAGGAAAAGACACAGAAGCUGCUGACUGUCACGUUAUUGGAAGAAAAUGGAAAUUUCACGGAAAAUGAUGUUUUCCUCAUUUUCAGCAUGUUGACAAGUGGCUCGAAUGGCUACACGACGUUGUUGGAUUUCAUUCAAACGAAUUGGGAGACUCUUAAAACGAGAUACCAAGAACGCACCAACCUCUGGGACAACAUGAUCAGCUCAGCAACUGGCUCCUUCAACACGCAAGACGGCUUUGAACGCGUGCAAAAGCUCUACAACGAUCAUCGCGGACAAUUUGCCAGUGCCGAGCACAUAAUCGAGAAAAACUUGAAAAACAUCAAAGAAGAGUCGAAAUGGAGUGACGAAAAUUUGCCCGUGAUCGAAAAAUGGUUGGACGAGCACUUGAGUCAAGAUGCCAACGACUCGAAAUUCAUGGGAAAAUAGACGUGACUUAGGAUUUUAAGGAGAAAUUUUUUUUAUUUGAGAUUUUUCUCUCAAAUGCAAUAAAUGAGAAAUUUUUAAAUGCA